AUGGCUUCGGUGAAGACCCUUUUUUUCUUAGGCAUUGUUUUCAUUUUCUGUAGCUUGAUAGGCGAAUCCCGUAGCAUCGGGACCCAGCGUAGCCUCCUCGAUGAUGGUGGUCCGACAAUUUUCGACGUCAAAACCUUCGGUGCUCUAGCUGAUGACGAAACUGACAAUGUUCUAGCAUUUAGGUCAGCAUGGAUGGCAGCAUGCAAGAACAGUACUACACCGGCAAAGCUUUUAUUUCCGGAAGGAGUAUUCCGUACUAGCCAAACUAUGUUCGCAGGCCCAUGCACAAGCCCAAGCCCCAUAACUGUUGAAGUUAUAGGAACUCUUAAAGCCACCACAGAAUUAUCUGACUAUGUUAGUCCAGAUUGGAUCACUUUUCUAGAUAUUGAUGGCUUGGUGUUAAAAGGUAGUGGAGUUUUUGAUGGCCAAGGACCUAUUAGUUGGCCUUUGAAUGAUUGCAAGAAGAACAAAGGAAGCUGUGUUUCUCUUCCUGAUUCUCUAAAAUUCGACAAGAUAAACAACUCCUUUGUGUCCGGCAUAACAUCACUAGACAGCAUGGGAUUCCAUUAUCAUGUUCAUCGUUGCAACAACCUUUCUUUCACUAACCUCACUAUAACCGCUCCCGGUAACAGUCCAAACACCGACGGUAUGCAUAUUAGCGCCAGCAGCUUGAUUAGUCUCACCGACAGCGUCAUUGCAACCGGUGAUGAUUGCGUUUCAAUUGGACAUACUACAUUAAACAUUACUAUCACUGGCAUUAAAUGCGGUCCUGGACACGGAAUCAGCAUCGGAAGUCUUGGUAAGAGAAAAGAGGAGAAAACUGUAGAUGGGGUUUUGGUUAAAAAUUGCUCUUUCACAAAUACAACCAAUGGUGCUAGAAUUAAAACUUGGGUGGGACUAGAACCAGCUGAGGCUAAAAAUAUUAUCUAUGAAAACUUGAUCAUGAAUGCUGUCCACAACCCUAUUGUUAUUGACCAGAGUUAUGGCAAAAAAGAUAGAGUGGCUUCAACUUCGGUAUGGAAGAUAAGUGAUGUUCAUUUCCGUAAUAUAAGCGGAACCUCAGUCUCAAACAUCCCAGUAUCAUUGCAAUGCAGCACAACGAAUCCAUGUGAGAACAUUGAGGUAGCAGAUGUAGAUUUGUCUUACGUUGGUGGUCCACAUAAUACAACAUUUGUAUCUGAUUGUGCCAAUGCAAAAGCUAUUUUUGGAGGCAAACUCAACCCACCAGCUUGCACAUUAGCAUAA